CCAGGCUAAUUUGUGUCGAGUUCCUCUACAACGUUCUACGCUCCUAUCAAGAAGGUUAACCUCUAUCAACUCAAUUUAACGUUAAUUAUCAGUCUUUCCAAGAUGACGAAAGUGGUGGUGUCCAGGCAUUGCCAACAAGUUCGCCAAGCUCGCCGGCCUACUUCCCUGUAUGCCGUUCCCACUCGCUACCGACGAGAGCGCUUGGCAAUUUGUGACCCCAUGCUAAUCUCUGUCUCGUGUGCUAAUCGGCUCUGCUAUGUAAACAGUCGCCAUUUCACGUGCAAGUGUUGCAAAAACUUUUGACGCCUCCUGUCCCUUUGUAAGGACGCCGUUGCAUUUUCCGCAUUUUAUUCCCUAUUCAAAGUUUGAAUCCAGGGAGUGGGUGUGCGUGAAUGUGCUGCGGUCAGUUCUGGGGCUCUGAUGAGAGAGUCGGCUACAUCGAGAGUGCCUGUCAGUCACACCAGGGUCUAGACUUCGUGUCUGCAGUCAAGAAUCCAUAAAGGACCUAUAAUUAACUGAUAACGUACCUUCCCGGCUAGUGGAGUUUACCAGAUAUCGCCGCAGAGAUCGUACAGGACUAGUCAGGCACUGACGCGUUGGUCGUGGUUCUCACUCGGAAUACCUUCUGAACGGCAUGGCAAGGAGCGGCCUUCUCUCCGGAUUUCUCUGCUGCUUCGCGUUCGUCCUUCUGGCCAGGCCCGGCUCGGCGGCACAAGGAUACAAGGCAAAAUUCAAAGUGUUUGGGAAUUUGCCUUCAAGAUUAUACAGCUCGGAGUCUGUUGGAAACCACGAGUGCUGUGUUCGGCACAGAAAACUUGUUUCUGUUGGCUAUGACAUUUCGGGCAAAGAAAUGGUGGUAGACAUCGGUCACUGCUCCAGAAAAUGUGCGACAAGUUCUCACGAGGUCGGCUCUAAAACGGACGACUUUGAACCCCCGGCAAGACCGCUGAGCGCGCUAGACAGAAUCAGACUUCAGAUGAGACAGCGGGACUCCAGAGGGACUGGUGCGUCGGGAGCCUCACACUCAGAUUUAGAGGAUGUUGGUGGUUGUCAAGGAAACGGGAUGUGUGAGCCAACCAGAACGCGUGUUCAGGAGCUGCAGCUAUUGGACGGGCCUGUGGAUGUAGAGGUCAUCGAGGACUGCCACUGUGCACCGAGGCCGCCAUCUUGUGAGAGGAGCCCUCGGAAAAAAGUUUACUUCGCCGACACUCCGUUUGAGACUGAAGUUGACAUUGGCGUCUGUAGGGGGCGCUGUUCAGCAGAUAGACACACUGGCUGCAAGGCUGUAAAGAACGGGACGGUGACCAUCACAGGACCUAACGGUAAGGGGAACCAGUGUAUACAUGUGGUGAAGGAGUGUGCGUGCGCUGGAGAAUGUUAUCGUACCAGCCAAAGAGAAGUUUACUAUGAGGCGUUCUUCAACGAAACAACGCAAGAGUUCCAAGAAAGGGAAAAGGAGAUAGACGUGGGGAGGUGUAUGGGCUCCUGUAUGGAGGGACAUCACCGCUGUGUCAUGAGGUCAGAGGACGACCCGUCUGUCUGCUUGAUGUCGCUGUUCAGGCCGAAGGGCCGCUGUGCAGCAACGAGAUUCACGGAGCACCGCUUCAUCUCGCGAGACCAGAAACUACAAUCCAUUUUGGCCAUAGAUGACUGCGGGUGCAAGUAGUGAACGUCUUAACUCCUUUGAGAGAAUAUUGAGCUGAAAUGUGUAAGACUCGAUGAAACAUUUACUUGAAGAAGUGAACUAAUUGAUUUCAUUUAGUAUCGAUUUGACCGCCGUGGUAUACAGCUGUCGUCGGGCCCAUGUAUCUGGUGAAAGUUGAUGGUUUCUGGUACCAAGAGCCAUCUGACAGGAAACAAUGUACAACGAGAACUGUCAUACAAUUAGAAUACAUUUUACAGCAUAUAAUACCCCCCCCCCCCUCCAAAAAAGCCCUACUCAGAAUGAUGAGGCUACCAAACAUUUUUUUCAAUAUCUGAAACACUGAGCUAUCCCAAACAAGCAGCGUGGAAGCUUCUGCCUGUACAGAGUAACCUGUCACUGCCCCAUAGUCCGCAGGGAGUUAAUAGCGUUGUAGAUCCAAGUAUACUCUUAUUGUGUAAAAAAAUCGGUGAUUUGAGUCUAAAUUAUUGUGUGUAAAUAUGUUCUAUGCUUAAUGCCCUGUGUGUAACUCCAGCUUUAUUCAUUUUGUUAUUGAGAAACUCCCGAUGUGUGGUUAACCAAGACUGAAGUACAGGACUUUUAUAUGUAAAUAUUGGCCUUGAUGUUUAUGUCAUGAUUCCGAAGGUACUACUAAUUGUUUGAGUGCUGUUGCUUUAAAUAUCUCAUGGUUUGAGGGGAAAGUGUGAAAAGGGUACGAACGUUGGACUGCACACUAGCCAUCAGCUGUGCAGAAGAACUACACAGCGGAGAUAAAGCCUUUUCUUCCUAAUUAUGAUGAUAACAGAGCGUGAUUGGAAGGCUGGUUUGUACUAUUGUUACCCCACGCCAGAGAGUCUGCCCUUUGUGACACCAUCCUUGUCUUGCUAACUACCAGGCCAAUCUUUGUCGCGAGCCAUUGUUCUCUUGGGGAACAAUAAGGCGUUAAUUCCAACAGUUAUUUCAUUUAAUUCUAGAUAUAACAUAACAUGUGUUGUCUUUAUCAAUAAAUGUAAAUAUUCUCUAACGCUGAA